AUGCCAAGCAUUGACGAUGAUUUCAAUCUGCGACUCGACGCCGAGACGCUCUCGUCUGAUCUUCCUCUCAACACUCGCUAUUGUCUGGACUGUCCUGUGUGGAGCAGAGAAAGAAUGCUUCGCUUCCCUGUCUCUCCCGCAUCGUCGUUUCUCAGAGCCAGCUGCCAGUCUAUCCGCACGGGACCUGGCAGCAUCAGAGGUUUCGCAGCGAGCUCGACCGCGCGAAGAUCUGCCCCACCCCUGCUGUCUACGCUGUCCUCGCUGUCCACACUGUCCACUGGCCACCGCCACUACUCCUCCAAGUCUCCUCCCCAGGACAGCAGAUCGCAGUUCAAAAUUCUUCCCUUCGUGGCCAUCCUGCUGAUUGGCACCGGCUCUUACGUAUUUUUGGUGAAAUCUCGCGCCUCUGCUCGCCCGGCAGCUAUCCAACGCAACUAG